AAGCCUUCAUUAAAGAUCAAUAUGGUGGAAGAAGGAGAAAGGAAACCUGUGUUGGAAAUGGUCCAGGCAGCUGGAACAGAUGGAAACUGUGUCACAUUUGUGCUGUAUGAUGAGGACCAUACACUAGGAAACUCUCUACGUUACAUGAUCAUGAAGAACCCAGAAGUGGAGUUCUGUGGGUACAGUAUCACUCAUCCUUCAGAAAGCAAAAUUAAUUUUCGCAUCCAGACUAAAGGGGGUCUUCCAGCUGUUGAACCCUUUCGACAAGGCCUUAAUGAGCUCCUGGAUGUCUGUCAGCAUGUGCUUAACAAAUUUGAAGCAAGUAUAAAGAACUACAAAGAUCAAAAGCAAGUUGAAAUGGAAUAGUUCUACUCUUGAUCAGAUUAGGAUGCCUACCUGUGUGCUGUCUAAUUUUAUAGAGUAUUGAAUAUUUUUGUUACAAUGUAAUAUGUGUAAAGAGCUGGCACAGUACUUAAUAAAAUCGCACAUAAGACGAUAAACCUGAAACUCCAGUAAGGGCAAAUCUGUAAUUUUCUGAUUAAGGAAUUUCUUCAGUAUUCCAAUCUAUUGGUGAUUUUGAUCCCAGGGCUCUUUUGAAGCUAUCCAGCCCUUCUCACUUGGCAUAAUUUUACAUUUCUUGGUCAAUAUAAUCUUUUAUUAGGACCUGAAAACAAGGCUUUUGCUAGCAGGUGGGUUCUGAUGGGCUGCCAAAAAGUAUAGGAGAUUUGAAACAAUUUUGUGACUUGCAUCAAAUGUCAUACACUUUAAAGCUUAUUAUUUCACAUGUAAUUCUUUUUUUGUGUAUGUGCAGAUAUAAAGUGUCCAUUUUUUUAAAUUCACGUUUUUAAAUGUUUAAAUACAAAUGGGGGGUGGUAUUUAUCACAUUCUGUUGCAUUCAUGUUCACUUAGCCAUUCCUGAAUUGGUGGGCAUUUACCUUGUUAACCAUAAAAAACUGCUUAUAUUUUGAGGUAUAGCGUGACUUCUUAUCAAUGACCAUUUUUGUGUCUUUGCUUUUAGAAUCUCUGAAUCAAAGAGUAUGACCAUUUUCAACACUUUGCAUAAUUCCAAAUUUACAAAAUAGCUAUACUUAUUCACAGUAAAGUACUAUAUAAAG